AAAACUUUUUUUUUUUAUUUAAUGGUGGAAAAAAUAAGAAGGAAGGGCAAUUUUGGUUUAAUUGGAAUUUUGAUAUAAGGAAAGCCUCAAACAACGGGUAACGCAGCUCCAGAGUCGGUGGUGGUCGAGAUCCGGCGUCGUCGGAUCCGAAGAAGAUGAAGGUUUCAAGCGGUGUGGUGGCUUCUGUAAUUGCCGUCUCCACCGCUGCUCUCUCUUCUUCCUCCACUCCUCCAAUCUCCCCAAAGGUCUGGGAAUCGAGGAAGACGAAUGGGUCGGAGAAAUUUGAGCCGAGGUUUGAUGGCUUAAGGUUCAUAGAGACGCUGGUCACAGCACACAGAUAGAUUUUGAAUACCAUUCUUCACUUGGGUGGUGCAAAAGCUUUUGUUUUUUAUACAAAGCGUGAGUGCGUCACUUGGGUCUCUUUAAUCUUAUCAUUCAUCUUUUGUUUAGUGUUUACUCUUGUUUUGAGGAUUUUAUUAACAUUCAAUUGCUUUUGUUGUGGUAAACUUUAUUUCAUAUUUAUUACCGAUUUCGUAUUUUGGUGUGCGUUUAGUUUAUAUGAGACAAACAUGUGUGGCAUUGGCACUGA